AUGCGAGAUUAUCGCUUUCAAGAGAAUCAGCUUCCAGGGGAUAUUCAAAUCAAAUUAGGAAUAAUUCUUGCUUUAACGACAUCACAAGCAUCUGCAAAAGCUUUCAGUAGCAUAUGGUUAGACAAAUUUCACCAUAUUCAUUAUUAUUCAUCAAAUUUAACCGCACCAAUGUUUAAUAAAGCAGAGCUAAUAGAUGAUUUAAUGGAUAGGAAUUUGACUGAGCAAGAUUUUAAUACUUCAAGUUUAAUCAACGAUAUCAUCGGUGUCGAUUCGGUUCAGCGUCAAUUAGAAUGCUGUGGAGUUGAAGGAUCACAUGAAUGGUUAAGUCUAUAUUCUGGGACAUUUGAACAUCAUAAGAUGACGAAAGAAGACUUAUGGUGGUCAGAUAGUUGGGUACCACGGCGAUUUACACCAUCAUGUUGUUCAGCAACAAAUUUUUUAUGUUCAAUCUAUCUAAAGCAAAGUUCACCCUAUUUUCUAUAA